AAGCGUCCGCGUGCAUAAAAACCACGGCGACAUGAUUGGGUUCCUCCUCUCCGUGCCUUCUCGUCGGCCAGGCUGCUGCCACUUCCUCCAACUGAGCUUGACCAACACAAACUUGCAACCAUGUCUGAGAAACUUCCCUACAAAGUUGCUGACAUCAGCCUGGCCGAGUGGGGGCGCAAGGCCAUCGACAUCGCCGAGAACGAGAUGCCGGGCCUGAUGAAGAUGAGGGAGCUGUACGGCGCCUCCAAGCCUCUGAAGGGCGCCCGCAUCGCCGGAUGUCUGCACAUGACGCUGCAGACGGCCGUGCUCAUCGAGACGCUCGCCGCGCUCGGAGCGGAGGUUCAGUGGUCCAGUUGUAACAUCUUCUCCACUCAGGACCACGCUGCGGCCGCCAUCGCCAAAUCCGGCGUCCCAGUGUACGCAUGGAAGGGCGAGACGGACGAGGAGUACAUGUGGUGCAUCGAGCAGACCAUCUACUUCAAAGACGGACAAGCCCUCAACAUGAUCCUGGACGACGGGGGGGACCUCACCAACCUGGUCCACAGCAAGUACCCCAAGCUGCUCCAAGGCAUCCGCGGCCUGUCCGAGGAGACCACCACGGGCGUCCACAACCUGUACAAGAUGAUGAAGAAGGGAGAGCUCAAGGUGCCUGCCAUCAACGUCAACGACUCCGUCACCAAGAGCAAGUUUGACAACUUGUACGGCUGCCGCGAGAGCCUGAUCGACGGCAUCAAGCGCGCCACCGACGUGAUGAUCGCCGGCAAGGUGGCGGUGGUGGCGGGCUACGGCGACGUGGGCAAAGGCUGCGUGCAGGCGCUGCGCGCGUUCGGCGCCCGCGUCAUCGUCACAGAGAUCGACCCCAUCAACGCCCUGCAGGCUGCCAUGGAGGGCUUUGAGGUGACCACCAUGGACGAAGCCUGCCAGGAAGGAAAUAUCUUCGUCACCACCACUGGCUGCGAGGACAUCAUCCAGGCACAUCACUUUGAGAGCAUGAAGGACGACGCCAUAGUGUGCAACAUCGGACAUUUUGACUGCGAGAUCGACAUGAGCUGGCUCAACGCCAACGCCGCGGAAAAGAUCAACAUCAAGCCGCAGGUUGACCGCUACCGAAUGAAGAGCGGACGCCACAUCAUCGUGCUGGCCGAGGGCAGGCUGGUGAAUUUGGGCUGCGCCAUGGGACACCCCUCCUUUGUCAUGAGCAACUCUUUCACCAAUCAGGUUCUGGCUCAAAUCGAACUGUGGACUAACACUGACAAAUAUCCCGUGGGCGUCUACUUCCUCCCCAAAAAGUUGGACGAGCAGGUGGCGGCAGCCCACUUGGACAAGUUGGGCGUGAAGCUGACCAAGCUGACUGACAAACAGGCCAAGUAUUUGGGCCUCCCUACAGAAGGACCCUUCAAGCCCGACCACUACCGCUACUGAUCCCGGCGGCCGCCGGAGAAAGCGUCCCGCUUGGGCGGCUCUGCUGUCGUUUGCUCUCCCUAAUGGAAUCGGAUGAACCCUUCCCCCCGUAUGGACCGUUAGCAUUUUUAGCUAGCUAAGCACUUGCUGUGGCCUUCUUCCAGUUAGCACUUCGCGCUCACUAAGACCACCGCUGGGUCGGUCCAGUGAGGAUGGAUGACAUGAUUCCUGGCGAGGUUUUAAUCUUUGACUGUAAUUAAUUUAAUUUGACUUGACCCCUCUGCAACUGCGCCGACUCGGUCGCUCGUCAACAUUGCGAUGUUGCUGAUGAUUGUCAACAAUAAACAUGGUGACU